CUUUCUCUGUUCAAAGUAGCGCCGAGGAAGCAAGAAUACACCGGCAUGGCGUACACAACUCCCGGCGGAAAGAAAAGAGUUUGCUACUAUUACGAUGGUGACAUCGGUAACUACUACUACGGCCAAGGCCAUCCGAUGAAGCCACAUCGUAUUCGAAUGACCCACAACUUACUUCUGAACUAUGGUUUGUACAGGAAAAUGGAGAUCUACCGCCCGCACAAAGCAAACUUGGAGGAGAUGACCAAAUACCAUUCAGAUGAUUACAUCAAAUUCCUGAAGACUAUAAGGCCUGAUAACAUGUCAGAGUAUACAAAGCAGAUGCAAAGAUUCAAUGUAGGGGAGGAUUGUCCAGUGUUUGAUGGUUUGUUUGAGUUUUGUCAGCUGUCAACUGGUGGAUCUAUUGCGGGAGCUGUGAAGCUGAAUAAACAGCAGACAGAUAUUGCUGUCAAUUGGGCUGGUGGCUUGCAUCACGCCAAGAAAUCUGAGGCAUCAGGGUUUUGCUAUGUCAAUGAUAUUGUUCUGGCAAUUCUGGAGCUACUGAAAUACCACCAGCGUGUCUUGUAUAUUGAUAUAGACAUUCAUCAUGGUGACGGAGUAGAGGAAGCGUUUUACACCACUGAUCGGGUCAUGACAGUGUCAUUUCACAAAUAUGGAGAAUACUUCCCUGGGACUGGAGAUCUUAGGGACAUUGGAGCAGGGAAAGGAAAAUAUUAUGCUGUGAACUUUCCACUCAGAGAUGGAAUUGAUGAUGAGUCUUAUGAACAAAUCUUCAAUCCUGUAGUUUCAAAGGUAAUGGAGGUGUACAAACCAAAUGCUGUUGUUCUUCAGUGUGGAGCUGACUCCUUAGCUGGUGACAGACUUGGCUGCUUCAAUCUGUCGCUUAAAGGGCAUGCACAGUGUGUGAACUUUGUCAAGAAGUUCAAUCUGCCGCUACUGAUUCUUGGAGGAGGUGGAUACACUAUCAGAAAUGUUGCAAGAUGCUGGACGUUUGAGACAGCAGUAGCUUUGGACUCUGAUAUUGCAAAUGAACUUCCAUACAAUGACUACUUUGAGUACUUUGGCCCAGACUUCAAGCUUCAUAUCAGUCCCUCCAACAUGGCAAACCAAAACACUACUGACUACCUGGAAAAAAUCAAACAAAGAUUGUUUGAAAAUCUGCGAAUGCUUCCCCAUGCACCAGGAGUGCAGAUGCACCCGAUCCCUGAUGAUGCUCCAGUACUGGAAAGUGACAAUGAAGAGGACAUGGAGUCAGACCGCAGGAUAAGUAUCCGUGCAUCAGACAAACACAUUGCACAUCAAGAGGAAUACUCAGAUUCAGAAGAUGAAGGAGACAACAGAAGAGAUGUUCAUCACGCAAAGGAAGUGAAACGUUCUCGUAAGCGAGCCAAAGGAUCAGCAACACCUGUUGAAAAGAUGGUACCAAAUGGAGUUGAAAAUGCUGUUAACGACGACUCUAAGUCCUCCGCUGUGUCAAAUGAGAGCUCUUCUACAAAACCCAGCACCUCUCCUGUGGAGGAGAAGGAAAAGCCAAAGAGUUCAACCAGCACUCCUAGGGAGGGGUCCCCACAAACAGUGGCCAGCGUCACAGCAGAGGUGUCAACAGAACCAGCUCCUGAACAGGAAGCAAGUAGAAAAAGUCCUGAGGUUGCGGAAGGUCCCCCAGCAAGUAAAGAUGGCAACACAGAAGAGGCCAUGGAGGUGGAAGAGUCUGAAGCUCCUGCUAACACUGAUGGUGAUACUUCAUCCAGUGUGGACAUCCCUGAUGCCUCCAACACAGUUAAAAGUAAUUCACCCAAGCCUACGGAAGAGGAGGAAAAAGAAAAGGCUCCUCAAACUGAAGAAAGCGAAGAAACUGAAAAAGAGGAGGAGACAAAGAUGGAACACUGAACAACAACUCCCCUCACCCUCCCCUAACACUCGAUUCCCUCUUGCUGGCUCGCUGCUCCCUCCCGUCCGUCCCAGUGUUUUUUUCGACUCCCCCCCCCCUUGCUUCCUUCAUCCACCGUCGUGUAUAUGUAUAGUUUCACGUGUUGUUUUUUACUGGCGUUUAUCUUGUUAGACACUGAACGAUAUUCUUCUGUAUAGGUAAAGAAUUUUCUCGCUUAAAGUAAUAAAAGUAUUAAAUUAUAUUCUAACUUA